AUGGGAAAAGGCAAAAAUCGUGUGGUAAAACCGGCGCGCCGUGAUAAACCCCCGAAACUGAGGGAAGUGGAGGAGGAGGAGUCUGAAGACGUUGAGGAUUCAGAAGACAUCGACGACGAGGCGACUUCAGAAGCGGGAAGCGACGAAUCCGAGGAUUCAGAUGACUAUGAAUUCCCGUUUCGGCUGGCAAUGUAUGAUUUCAAUCAAUGCGAUCCGAAGAGAUGUUCGGGAAGGAAAUUGAUGAGGGCUCAGCUGAUAAAUGAAGUGAAAUUGGGACAAAGAUUUCCGGGAUUAGUGUUGAGUCCCACUGGAAAGUAUACUUUGGCUCCGAGGGAUAGAGCUUUCGUCGAGCAACACGGACUAUGUGUUGUUGAUUGUUCAUGGAAAGAGGUCGAGAGGACUCCAUUGCAUAAAGUAAAAGCCCCGGAACAUCGUCUCCUACCGUACCUGGUGGCUGCGAACUCUGUGAAUUACGGGAAGCCGUGUCAUUUGACAUGUGCCGAGGCAAUGGCCGCCGGUCUCUAUAUUUUGGGAUACGAAGAGGCGGCGCAUCGAGUGAUGAGACCAUUCUCAUGGGGAGAACAUUUCUUGGAAUUGAAUAGAGAGCUAUUGGAAAUAUAUUCGAAAUGUGAGACAUCUGAAGAAGUGAUCAGAGCACAGAAUGAGUAUUUGGAGAGGAUUGAUAGAGAGAGAGAAUUGGACAACUCAAGACAGAUUGAUCUACCGCCGAGUGAUAGUGAAGAGGACGAGGAUGAAGAGGAGGAGGAGGGGGAGUAA